AUACGUCACCCAUCGUCGUCACACACUUUUCGUCUGAUCUUUCUUUUACAAACGGGUGGUCCAACAUUCCUCAUCUCCUCAGCUCACCAACUCCAUUUAAAAGAACUCAACAUGGCCACUGCUCCAGCUGUUGGUAUUGACCUUGGCACAACAUACUCCUGUGUAGGUGUCUUCCAACAUGGAAAAGUAGAAAUCAUUGCCAACGACCAGGGCAACAGAACAACACCAAGCUAUGUAGCCUUCACAGAUACAGAACGUCUCAUCGGGGAUGCCGCUAAAAAUCAGGUCGCAAUGAACCCCAGCAACACAGUCUUUGAUGCUAAGCGUCUGAUCGGCCGCAACUUCGAUGACCCAAUCAUUGCUCGGGAUCAGAAGCACUGGUCGUUUAACAUCGUAAACGAUGGCGGUAAACCCAAGAUCGAGGUGGAGUUCAAAGGUGAAACCAAAAGGUUCAACGCUGAGGAGAUUAGCUCUAUGGUACUGAUUAAGAUGAAGCAGACGGCCGAAGCUUUCAUUGGCAAGCCUGUAACAAAUGCCGUCGUGACCGUGCCAGCUUACUUCAACGACUCUCAACGUCAAGCUACCAAAGAUGCAGGAACAAUCGCUGGACUAACUGUCCUUCGAAUCAUUAAUGAGCCAACUGCAGCGGCCAUUGCUUAUGGUCUUGAUAAGAAGGUUGGCAGUGAGAGAAAGGUUCUUAUCUUUGAUCUGGGAGGUGGUACCUUUGAUGUGUCCGUCCUGGCCAUCGAAGACGGUAUCUUCGAAGUCAAGUCAACAGCAGGAGACACUCACUUGGGAGGGGAAGAUUUCGACAACAGAAUGGUUGACCAUUUUACAGAUCAGUUCAAGCGUAAGCACAAGAAGGACAUGACUACCAACAAGCGUGCAAUGAGACGUCUACGUACCGCCUGUGAACGUGCAAAGAGAACUUUGUCUUCAAGUACACAAGCCAAUGUGGAGAUCGACUCGCUCUUUGAGGGAAUUGACUUCUACACGUCAAUCACCCGUGCUCGCUUUGAAGAGAUGAACAGUGAUCUUUUCCGUGAUACAAUGAGCCCCGUCAGCAAGGCCUUGGCCGACUCCAAAUUCACCAAGAAGGAUAUCGAUGAUGUCGUACUCGUUGGUGGCUCUACACGUAUCCCAAAGAUCCAGAAGUCAUUACAAGAUUUCUUUGAUGGAAAGGAAGUCAACAAGACCAUCAACCCCGACGAAGCUGUCGCCUAUGGAGCAGCUGUCCAGGCAGCCAUCUUGUCUGGUGAUACCUCCGACACAGUGAAGGAUCUUCUCUUGUUGGACGUCGCUCCUCUGUCCCUCGGUAUCGAGACCGCUGGUGGUGUCAUGACCACACAGAUCAAGAGAAAUAGCACCAUCCCCACCAAGAACACUGAGAAGUUCACAACCUAUUCCGAUAAUCAGCCUGGUGUACUCAUCCAGGUGUUUGAAGGAGAACGUACAAUGACAAAAGAUAACAACCUUCUGGGCAAGUUUGAGUUGUCGGGAAUCCCCCCUGCACCAAGAGGAGUGCCCCAGAUUGAGGUGACCUUUGACAUUGAUGCUAAUGGUAUCCUCAAUGUGACCGCUGCUGACAUGAGCACGGGCAAAUCCAACAAGAUCACCAUCACAAAUGACAAAGGUCGUCUUUCCAAGGAAGAAAUCGAGAAGAUGGUCUCCGAAGCGGAGAAGUUCAAGGUGGACGAUGACAAACAGCGUGACCGCAUCGCUGCCAAGAACGGCCUAGAAGGAUACACCUACAACAUGAAGUCCACUGUAGAAGACGAUAAACUGAAGGAUAAGAUCAGUGAGGAAGAUAAGCAAACCAUCUUAGACAAAUGUAAGGAGGUCUUGGACUGGCUAGAUCAUAACCAGACCGCAGAAAAAGAUGAGUUUGAAGAUCGUCAGAAGGAACUUGAGAAAAUCUGCAAUCCCAUCGUCACCAAAUUGUACCAAGCUACCGGUGGUGCCCCAGGGGGUAUGCCAGGGGGUAUGCCCGGAGGUAUGCCAGGGGGUAUGCCAGGUGGUAUGCCCGGUGGCUUCCCAGGAGCAGGUGGCGCACCCGACGCCGGGGCCAGCAGUGGUGGACCAACAAUCGAGGAAGUGGACUAAUUGUUGCGGCGUAAAGUCACUUCUUAUC